AUGAGUCUGACCAACCCGCCCUCUUCCUCCGGCUCUCUCUCGCGAACCAGAGUCGGUAACUUGAAACGGAGUCUCCAGGCUACUGUCGAUGAUGCCAUUGAAUCAAGAAGACCCGGUGGCUAUACCAGCAAAGUCCGGGUCCGAGAUCGGUAUAAUAUAGUAGGCUUCAUCAGCAGCGGUACCUAUGGCCGAGUGUACAAGGCCGUCGGCAAGAAUGGCAAAAAAGGAGAGUUUGCAAUCAAGAAAUUCAAGCCCGACAAAGAAGGCGAAACGAUCCAGUACACGGGUCUAUCGCAGUCGGCUAUCCGUGAAAUGGCAUUGUGCACGGAACUCUCGCAUGCCAAUGUUGUCCAACUAGAAGAGAUCAUUCUGGAGGACAAAUGCAUCUUCAUGGUAUUUGAAUACACAGAGCAUGAUCUGCUGCAGAUCAUUCAUCAUCACACCCAGCCUCAGCGACAUGCUAUUCCAGCACCCAUGGUCCGAUCUAUCAUGUUCCAGUUGUUGAAUGGACUGCUCUAUCUGCAUACCAACUGGGUCCUGCAUCGUGAUUUGAAACCAGCCAAUAUCCUCGUCACCUCAAGCGGUGCUAUUCGCAUCGGCGACUUGGGGCUCGCCCGUCUGUUCUACAAGCCACUCAACUCCCUAUUCUCGGGCGACAAAGUCGUUGUCACAAUCUGGUACCGUGCACCCGAGCUGCUCAUGGGGAGCCGACACUAUACUCCUGCCGUCGAUAUGUGGGCAAUAGGAUGCAUCUUCGCCGAAUUACUCUCACUCCGACCAAUCUUCAAAGGCGAAGAAGCCAAAAUGGACAGCAAGAAAACAGUCCCCUUCCAACGCAAUCAAAUGAUGAAGAUUGUUGAAAUCCUCGGUCUUCCCCGCAAAGAAUCCUGGCCAGGCCUAGCCUCCAUGCCCGAAUAUUCACAACUCCAGUCCCUGGUGCUCCACCGCCAACCUUCACAUUUCCAUCGCGGCUCUAAUCUUGAGGGCUGGUACCAGAGUUGUUUGAAAAACGGCGGAUACACUUCCACAUCCGGUGCCGGCACUCCCGGUGCAGAUGGUUUCGAUCUUCUGUCGCGUAUGCUUGAAUAUGACCCGUCGAAACGGAUCACCGCCGAGCAGGCCCUUGAGCACCCGUACUUUACCAAUGGCGGCCCCAUCAGCGGCAACUGCUUCGAGGGUAUCGAGGGCAAAUACCCACACCGUCGGGUCACCCAGGAUGACAAUGAUAUUCGCACCGGCAGUCUUCCUGGCACCAAACGGAGUGGACUGCCGGAUGAUUCAUUGAUGAGGGCUUCCAAGCGCCUCAAGGAGUAA